AUGAGAAUGAAUUCACACAAGAAUAACAUGGUUUACUGGGAGGUGUUGUGCGGCUCGAGGGCCUGGGUCCCCAGCCUGCUCGCGCGCCCCUCUUCGGGAGGGCCCUCCUGGACCCGGGAGCGGACCCUGGUGGCUGUGAAGCCAGAUGGGGUGCAGCGGCGGCUUGUUGGGGAUGUGAUCCGGAGUUUUGAGAGGAGGGGCUUCAAGCUGGUGGGGAUGAAGAUGCUUCAGGCGCCAGAGAGUGUCCUUGCUGAGCACUACCACGACCUUCGGAGGAAGCCCUCCUACCCAGCCCUCAUCAGCUACCUGAGCUCUGGCCCCGUGGUCUGGGAAGGCCCCAAUGUGGUCUGCACCUCAAGGGCCAUGAUAGGGCACACGGACUCAGCUGAGGCUGCCCCCGGCACCAUUCGAGGCGACUUCAGCUUCCACAUCAGCAGGAACAUCAUCCACGCCAGCGACUCCGUGGAGGGGGCCCAGAGGGAGAUCCAGCUGUGGUUCCAGAGCAAUGAGCUGGUUGACUGGGCAGACGGAGGCCACCGGAGCAGCCUCUACACAGCCUGAACCUCAGGCUGCCCUAGGCUGCCCCCAGCAUCCACCCAGGACCAACUACCUCUGUCCACAAGAACUUGAGCCCACACUGUGCUCUGCACAUCGGUCCCAGACCACUUCCCUGUUCCCCUUCUGCCUCAGCCCAGAG